GUCAUCAUGGAAACAGCAGCGCCGGAAAGCGGAACUACAACUCCCGUCCAUCCCUGCGCUUCGGUCCACAAGAUGGUGGCGCGCAAGAAGAAAGCCGGGGCGUGCGGCCCCGAGGGGAGCGUAUCGAGCCCACUGGGUUAUUCAGCUAUUCCAGUCAAGUUCUCAGAAAAGCAGAAGGCGUCUCAUUACCUCUACGUGAGACAGCACAGAGUUCGCCAGGACACUCAGUCCACGUGGCCUCCCAAUAGGACCCUUUUUGUCCUCAAUGUGCCCCCGUACUGCACAGAGGAGUGCCUGUCUCGACUCCUGUCCUCCUGUGGUGCCAUCAAGACAGUCGAGUUACAGGAGAAGCCUGAGCUUGCUGAGAGCCCUAAAGAGCCAAAGUCGAAGUUUUUUCAUCCCAAGCCGGUUCCAGGCUUUCGGGUAGCUUAUGUGGUAUUCCAGAAGCCAAGUGGAGUGUCAGCUGCCUUGAAUCUGAAGAGCCCAAUGCUGGUUUCUACGGAGAGCCACCCUGUGAAGAGCGGGAUUCAUAAGUGGAUCAGUGAUUAUGAAGAUUCUGUGUUCGACCCGGAGGCCCUUAGGGUCGAAGUGGACACAUUCAUGGAGGCCUACGACAAGAAGAUAGCUGAGGAGGAGACCAAGGCCAAGGAGGAGGAAGGAGUCCCUGAUGAGGAGGGCUGGGUGAAGGUGACGCGCAGGGGUCGCAGGCCUGUGCUCCCUCGAACAGAAGCUGCCAGCCUGCGAGUUCUGGAGAGGGAGAAAAGGAAACGUGCCCGCAAGGAGCUGCUCAACUUCUAUGCCUGGCAGCACCGAGAGACCAAGAUGGAGCAUCUGGCACAGCUGCGCAAGAAGUUUGAGGAGGACAAGCAGAGGAUCGAACUGAUGCGUGCCCAACGCAAAUUCCGACCCUACUGAGCUGUUCUGGUCCCUGGAGAGCAGGCUUUGAACACAAGGACCGGCAGGACUGCUCCCUCACGGACUGUGCUUUGGGAAGCAGACACCAGGCCAAGAAGCUGCUGCUGUGUCCCCAGCUCCAUCUCUGCACCUACAGGCUGGCAGUGCAAGGCACGGGAGGAUGUGGUAAAGAGAGCUGCUCCUUCCUCCUAAGCCUGUAGAGACACCUGGGAAACCUGACUGACCUGCUCCCGCCCUUUGCCCUCUGUGCAGCCCCUGCCCGCAACAGAGCCAUCUGCAAUGCAGUUAACAUGGGAGAGGAUUUUAUUGCCACACAGCCUGGGACCAGGACCAGCUCCAGGGACCCAUGCCCAGUCCUGCUCCCUCAGGGUCACCAGCUCACCUGCCCCCUUCAUGAAGUCAGAUAUCAAAGGUCAGAAACGUUUUACCCCCUUCCCCUAGCUCAGCCCCAGGAUUCUCUGCUGCCUCUCUUGGGCUUUGAGCCCAGUGAGACCCAUCCCACCUUUUGUGGGCUGAGGGUGCUGGACAGACAGUGUGAACAAGCUCCAAGACCAGAGCUACAUCCUUGAAGUUGUCCUGGGUUGGCUCUGGAGGAAGGAGCUGACAACUCCAGCCACAAGGUGGUGGUCGUUCAUGUGGACGUAGUGAUUGCCUGGGACUUCCACAUACUGGAACCGCUGGAGAAAGGGGGCAGGGGGUGAGAUGGUGCCCACUCAGGAGACUCUCCCUUAGCUGACUGUGAGGGGCGCCUUCUUUGUAUAUGUUGUCCUACUAGUUGAUUAAUAAAGCACUGUUGGCCAAUAGGGAAGCAAGAUAGGUAGACUAGGAAUUGAGGAGGAUUCCGGGAAACAGAGUCACGAUGUAGGACACAGGAGGAGUCCUACCCUUGCUCAGGUAGAGAAGAUCAUGUGGAAAUACUCAGAUUAGCAGUUAUGGAUUUAUAAUUAAGUCAGAGCUAGCCAAUAAGAAACCAAACAACCAACCAACAGCUUCAUAAUUAA